CCAAACCACUCUUUUAAUAAUAUAAAUAUUAGACUAAUCCCUCUUUUUUCUUUCUCUUCAUCUGUCGCCCUCAAAUUGUAACUUUCCGCCACUUGCACCCGCUUCUUUGGUGAAUAAAAAUCACGCUUUUUUCUUUUGGGUAUGAAUCAAAUUGCUGUUACAAAGGACCCAGAAGAAGGGGGUUCCCAGAAGAACAAGAAUGAAGCUGUGAGUGGGGAAGAAGUGGUUGAGGAUCCAAUGGAGCAUGAUUCAGUCACCCCCUCCACCGUUUUUUGCAUUAGGCUUAGACAACCUAAGUCCAAUUUGCUUCACAAGAUGAGUGUUCCAGAAAUUUGUCGCAAUUUCAGUGCUGUUUCCUGGUGUGGAAAAUUGAAUGCUAUAGCUUGUGCUUCUGAAACAUGUGCAAGAAUUCCGAGCUCAACCACAAAUCCACCAUUUUGGAUCCCUAUACAUAUUGUGAUCCCAGAGAGGCCAACUGAAUGUGCAGUAUUCAAUGUCAUUGCAGAACCUGUGAUCGUAUGUAGAAUGAAAGAUUCCCCUCGUGAUUCAGUCCAGUUUAUUGAAUGGUCCCCCACCUGUUGUCCCCGUGCAUUAUUGAUAGCAAAUUUCCAUGGGAGAGUAACUAUUUGGACUCAAUCAUCUCAAGGCCCAGCUAAUCUUGUACUUGAUACUAGCUGUUGGCAGCGACAGCAUGAGUGGCAGCAAGACAUUGCAGUUGUUACAAAGUGGCUAUCAGGGGUGUCCCUGUAUAGGUGGCUUUCAUCUAAACCAAGUGCUCCUUCCAGUUCAAGGUCAACAUUUGAAGAAAAGUUUCUUUCACGACAAUGCCAAACAUCAGCUAGAUGGCCCAAUUUUCUUUGUGUCUGUUCUGUGUUCUCAUCAGGCUCAGUUCAACUUCAUUGGUCCCAGUGGCCUCCUCAGAAUGGAACACCACCCAAAUGGUUUUGCACUAGUAAAGGACUACUGGGUUGUGGACCCAGUGGCAUUAUGGCUGGUGAUGCUAUCAUUACAGACAGUGGUGCCAUGCAUGUGGCAGGUGUGCCAAUUGUUAAUCCAUCCACCAUUGUUGUUUGGGAGGUUAUGCCUGGGCCUGGUAAUGGUUUCCAAGUAACUCCAAAAACUAGUACCAAUAAUGGUGUCCCACCUCCUCUUAGCCCACCCAACUGGACUGGUUUUGCACCUUUAGCUGCUUAUUUAUUUAGUUGGCAAGAAUAUCUAUUAUCUGAAGAAAAGCAAGGGGAAAACCAGACAAGCCAAAUUCUUGAUGAUUCUAUACCACUUCACUGCUCUCCAGUUUCAAAUUUUUCAGCAUAUGUGAGUCCUGAAGCUGCAGCUCAAUCUGCAGCAACCACUACAUGGGGUUCUGGUGUAACAGCAGUAGCCUUUGAUCCAACUUGUGGCGGUUCUGUGAUAGCUGUUGUGAUAGUAGAGGGACAGUACAUGUCCCCUUAUGAUCCAGAUGAGGGCCCAUCAAUCUCAGGGUGGAGAGUGCAACGCUGGGAAUCAUCCUUACAGCAUGUUGUCCUCCAUCCAAUAUUUGGGAAUCCUACUUCGAGUAUGGGUGGACAGCCUCCUAUGCAAACUGUUUGGCAGACCAAAGUUGACAUGAGCAUUCCACCAACAAAUGAUUUCAAGAAUCAUCAAGCAUCUGCUGUUGGAAUGGACAUUGAUGGGCAAAAGGUAUCUGACUCUAGUUUUGAUAAGUCAAAAGGGGUCAAUUUUGAUCCUUUUGAUCUUCCAAGUGAUAUUAGGACACUUGCGCGGAUUGUAUACUCUUCUCAUGGUGGUGAAAUUGCCAUUGCUUUUAUCCGGGGUGGAGUCCACAUCUUUUCCGGUCCAAAUUUUGCACUUGUGGACAACUAUCAGAUUAGUGUUGGAUCUACAAUUGCUGCACCUGCUUUUUCUUCAACAAGCUGCUGUUCUGCUUCUGUUUGGCAUGACACAAGCAAGGAUCAGACGAUAUUAAAAAUAAUCCGGGUUCUUCCUCCUGUUAUUCCAACUAAUCAAGUAAAGACCAACUCAUCAGACUGGGAGCGUGCAAUUGCUGAAAGGUUUUGGUGGAGCCUUUUGGUUGGAGUUAAUUGGUGGGAUGCUGUGGGCUGUACACAGAGUGCUGCUGAGGAUGGUAUUGUUUCACUUAACAGUGUUAUCGCAAUCUUGGAUGCUGAUUUCCAUUCUCUUCCUUCUGCUCAGCACAGACAACAGUAUUGUCCUAGUCUGGACAGGAUAAAGUGUAGACUGCUUGAAGGGGCAAAUGCUCAAGAGGUCAGGGCAAUGGUUCUGGAUAUGCAAGCUAGGUUGUUGUUGGAUAUGCUUGGGAGGGGAAUUGAGUCUGCUUUGAUAAAUCCUUCAGCUUUAGUGCCUGAUCCAUGGCAAGUCUCUGGCGAGACAUUAUCCAGCAUUGACCCUGAAGCAGUGGCUGUUGAACCUGCACUAGUUCCAUGUGUUCAGGCCUAUGUUGAUUCAGUUCUUGAUCUGGCUUCACAUUUUAUCACACGGUUGCGGCGUUAUGCAAGUUUCUGUCGUACAUUGGCAAGUCAUGCUGGGACUGCAGGGACUGGAAACAACCGAAACAUGGUUGCCAAUCCUGCCCAAAGUUCUGCAACUCCUGCAACAAGUCAGGGAGGUCCAAAUGGGACAACCAGUUCUAGUGGAAGCACACCGAUGCAAGCCUGGGUACAAGGCGCCAUUGCCAAGAUUAGUAGCACAACAGAAGGAGUGUCCAACCCAACUCCCAACCCCCCCAUAAGUGGUCCUUCACCCUUUAUGCCCAUAAGCAUUAAUACAGGAACAUUUCCUGGAACACCUGCAGUUCGACUUAUUGGAGACUGCCAUUUCCUCCAUAGAUUAUGCCAACUGUUGCUCUUCUGUUUUUUCUUUCGACGAACUCAACUUCCUCACUAUGUGGGGAAUGCACAGAGAACUUCUGAUACAAAUACACAAAAGCCUCAACCUAAUGGUUCUGCUCCUGGCAAGGUGGAGGAUACAGCAAAACCAGUGUCAACUGUGGUUAGGCCAGAUGAUGAUCAGACAGGUCGAGUUGGUCAGCUGGUGCCUGGGAUAAAAGGAGGUGAAGAACCAUCUCCCCGGCGUUCAAGACUUGGUACUGGAAAUGCUGGCCAAGGAUAUACAUUUGAAGAGGUCAAGGUUCUUUUUCUAGUGCUUAUGGAUCUAUGUCGCCGAACCGCUGGCUUGCAACACCCAUUGCCAGUUUCUCAGGUAGGGAGCAAUAACAUUCAGGUUCGGCUGCAUUAUAUUGACGGGAACUACACUGUAUUGCCUGAGGUUGUGGAAGCAUCCCUUGGGCCCCAUAUGCAGAACAUGCCUCGUCCUAGAGGCGCAGAUGCUGCUGGUCUUUUAUUACGUGAGCUAGAACUCCACCCUCCAGCAGAAGAGUGGCAUAGAAGGAAUAUGUUUGGUGGACCGUGGUCUGAUCCAGAUGAUCUGGAUUCUACAAAUGAUGCACCAAAACUUGUUAGUUUAAAUCCACUAGAUUCUGGCUUGGUUGAAAAUUGUGAUGUCUACAAUGGAGCCAAUGGCUUAUGGCCAAGGAAGCGCAGGAUGUCUGAACGAGAUGCAGCUUUUGGGUUGAACACUUCUGUGGGCCUGGGAGCUUAUCUUGGUAUAAUGGGAUCUCGAAGAGAUGUUGUUACUGCAUUGUGGAAGACUGGCCUUGAAGGGAUUUGGUACAAGUGCAUAAGAUGUCUGCGGCAGACCUGUGCUUUUGCCUCACCAGCUUCCACCAACCUUAUUACUCAAAAUGAUCGAGAUACUUGGUGGAUCAGCCGCUGGGCUUAUGGCUGCCCAAUGUGUGGCGGAACAUGGGUUCGAGUUGUAUAGCCAGCUGAAGGUAGAUGAAUUGUACAGGAGGAGAGAUGUUGAUUUAGUGACAGGUUCUUUAUAAAUAUGUUCUGACUAAUGGUCACCGAGCAAACUAGGGUUUGAGAUGUAGAUAUUGUCAAAUUCCAAGUAUUAGAAAGCAGUUCAUCAAGAUCUCAAUUUUAUGGGAAUUAUGGCCAAAUGAUGCUAUUCAUGUAGUGUUUAUGAUUGGUUGCUCCUUCCAGAUAUAUGGUUAAGGAUUUUUAACCUUUUAUACUGACUAAACUCACAAUAAUUUUUGCUGAGUGACGUGUGAUGCCAACUUUGCUCUACAACGAGCCUCCGUCUCCAACACCGUGGACAGUCCCAGAACCGUUGCAAAAACUUGACCUUGCUGGAGGUGGUUGGAGAAGGUUGAAUGGAGGUUUAAAGGAUUAGUUCAAGUUUCUAAUUUUCAGGUCAGUCCUAGGAUUUGUUUGGUAAAGGAAAUGGCUUUAGUGCAUAUGCAGAGGUUGGUAGCUAGAAUUCCGUGGCGGUUCAUGAUUGGAGGUAGGGGUGGGGCCCAAUGGCUUAUGCAAAGGUUGGUCGCUAGAAUUUUGUAAAGUUAUUUCCUUUUUGACUUAAAGUAAAUGUUGGUUUUAUAAUAAAAUAAAGAAAAGAAAAUGUACAAAAAUGUGAAAAGAAAAAAUAGAUAAAGAACUUAAUUUUUAUUCAAUAAUAAUAAUGCAUUUAUAAUAAGUCAAAAAAACUUAAACUAUUUAACUUAAAGAUUUGAUAAUAAAUUAAAUUAUUUUUAAAAUAUCAAAAUGACUUAUAAACUAUUAUACUAAUUUAAUAAAUUGAAAUAAUAGAAAAUAAUUGACAGCAGUUUCAAAAGUAUGUUGUUAACAUUUUUUCUUGCUUUUUGAACUGUAAAUUAUCUUUAUGCGGUUUAAAUUUGCUAACAGAAAGUAAAUUUAUUGUCAACAAGAAUUUUGUGUUCUUUUUACUUCAAAUUAGAAUCAAAUAAAAUCUUCUCUUGUCAUAGAAAAGAGAAGUAAUUAACUGAAUCACUUAGAUCAUUGUUGGAGAAAUCAGUCAGCUUGAAUUUUUUACUCUUCUUGAAGUUGAUGCUUGAGUUACGAGUGUCUUUGAAAUAUUUAACCACUCUCUUUGCAACCUUGGGAUGUCUUUCAUUUGCAUUAUGGAUGAAACUAGAAAACUUACUUUUACCACUCAAGGUAUUAGGAUGAAAUGUUGUGGUAUUUUCUUUCAUAAAAAAGUUGUUUGCUCCUCCUUCGAUAGAUUCAGAGUAAAAGUUUUUUGUUUCAUUUUUACUUUGAAAAUAUUUUGACUAACUUCAUCUUUAAUCAAACAAUAUUUAUAUUCAAAAAUAACUUUGAAUCUCCCUUCAAUCAGUUGACUAAUACUUAACAAAUUUUGGUCAAUUUUAGGAACCCAAAGAACAUCAUGAAUUAACUUCGUACCUGAAUAGUUUGCUAUUGUAAUUGUUCCCUUUCCUUUGAAUGAGAUGAAAUUAUCAUUACCUAUUUUGACUUUAGUGAUGUUAGUCGGCACCAAAUCUCUAGAGUUUUUUUGUUAUUAGUCAUGUGGUUAGUGCAACUACUAUCAAUUAGCCAACCUUCAUUUGAUUUAAAGUUGGAGAGGCAAGUAGCAACAAAUAAAUAAUUUUCUUCUUCAUGAUGAGCAAUCUUAGUCUCUUCAUCUUAGUGUUGGUUUUGAUUUUUGCAUAUAACUUCUUUAUGUCCCAUUUGGUUACAUUUAAUACAUUGUGCAUCUGGCCUUCUCCAACAUUUGAAAGAAGGAUAACUAUUUUUUUUCUACAAUGAUGACAUGGAGGAUAAGAUUUUUUCUUGUUGUAUCUUGCACUUUCAUGAUGCAUGAUAUGUAAAGCUCCCUCAAUAACAACUUGUUUCAUUGCAUGCCUUUGCUCUUGUGCUUGUAAGGCAUUUAAGAGUUUUACCAGUGUGAUUUUGGACAAGUAUUUGGUAUUCUGUAAAGUGGUGCUUGUAGCCUCAAAUCUUCCAGGCACUGUUACAAGAAUUUUUUCAACAAUUCUAGAAUCAGGAAAAUCAGUACCUAAUAAUCUUACCUUGUUGACUAUACUAAACAGUCUGUUUGAGUAUACUUUGAUUAUCUUAGACUCCUUCAUUCUUUGGAGUUCAAAUUCUCUCAUCAAAUUCAACACUUGCAUGCCUCAAAUUCUUUCAUUCUCAACAUAUUCUUUCUUAAGAUAAUUCCAUAUUGUCUUUGUUGUUUUUAAAGUCAUGAUUCUGGUGAAGAUAGUUGUUGAAACAUCAGCAAAAAGACAUGAUUUUGCCUUUACUUUUCGUGUUUUUCUCUUCUUGUGAAUUUUUAUUUGGACUAAUGUAUGAUCGUGCGGUAGCGAAAAAACUUCGUAAUCCUCUUCAACAGCUUUCCAAAGAUCUAAAGCCUUUAGGUAAGUCUCCAUUUUGAUAGCCUAAAUAUCAUAAUUUUCUCCAUAAAAAACAAAAGGAGCAACUUGUGAGAAAUUUAAUUCAACAUCCAUUUUUACAAGUCCGUAAGAAAAUAGCUCUUGAUACCACUUUGUUGG